CGUCGCACCCCGUCUCCAAUUUGUAAUCCGCUCGACGUUCUUCCGUUCUUAGAACAAGUGACGACAACGCUGCUUCCACCUCUUGGGAUAGACUGUUCGACCUCUGCAGCUGUCAAAAAUUGGCCAGCCUCCUCUCCAUCCGACUACGCGCUCUUUAGGUCGCCCUUUUACAUAUAACGGUGAGCGUCCCACCCAUCAUGAUAGGGGUUCUGCGUCAUCAUCGCCCUGCACCGCCGCGGUUAGGCGUGGUAACCACGCUUGCUUGCCACAUACUCCUUACCAUCUGGCAAAACAUUCAGCAUCUUCAGCGAUUCGAGAGCUAACCACCCGCCCGAUUUCCAUCCGAGCAGCAUUCUUCACGAUCGAUUCUUUAGAGUUACUGCUGGGCCAUGCAGACUAUCAAGUGCGUAGUGGUUGGGGAUGGUGCUGUGGGUAAGACUUGUCUGUUGAUCUCGUACACGACGAACAAGUUCCCAAGCGAGUAUGUUCCAACUGUUUUCGACAACUAUGCCGUGACGGUCAUGAUCGGCGAUGACCCCUAUACACUCGGGCUAUUCGAUACUGCUGGCCAGGAGGAUUAUGACCGUCUACGGCCAUUGUCUUACCCACAAACGGAUGUCUUCCUGGUCUGCUUCAGUGUGACCUCGCCCGCCUCGUUUGAGAACGUCAAGGAGAAAUGGUUCCCUGAGGUGCACCACCACUGUCCCGGAGUGCCGUGCCUCAUAGUGGGUACGCAGAUCGACUUGCGGGACGACCCUCAGGUGCUGGAGAAGCUCCAGAGGCAGAAGCAGAGGCCUGUUACCCCUGAGCAGGGCGAGAGGCUCGCCAGGGAGCUGGGUGCUGUGAAAUAUGUAGAAUGUUCUGCCCUCACGCAGAAGGGGUUGAAGAACGUGUUCGAUGAGGCUAUCGUUGCUGCGCUUGAACCCCCGGUCGUGAAGAAGAGAAAUAAAUGUAUCAUUCUCUAAUGAUCCUCCGACGACGCGGAUUCAUCUAUCCACUGUUCACGAUCACUUCAUCACGCCACGGUCUUCCAUAUAUCCCAUUGCAUUCUGCCUGCGUACCAUCUGAUUUGUUACUGAAGAGACGGAUUUAUCAGCCCACCCUCUACCUGACUGCCCAUUUUACUUUCUUUUUUCUGAGCAUGAUGAUGCGUGUGUCGGAGCAACAGUGCCCAGCCAGGUCGUGUGUUCCGGUACUUUCUACUUUUAUCUCUUGUAGUUCAUACCAUUGGGAAAUUAGGUACACGGGCGGAAUCUAAUAGCUUGAGCGAGUAUGCCAUUGCGGCCAGAGGCGUUCUACACUCUGACAUCGUUCAUUCAUCCGUGCGUAUCAUUAAUAAGGCGAGAUCUACUCGGCAAUAGCACUUGUCCGUUCAUGUCAUGGAGAGUCGUGGUAGUGAACAAACAUAUCGUAUAUAUCCGUGCGAAUGGGCAUCGCAAGGAACUCCGCGGACAAGGCGCGAACCAGAAAAGCACCGGUCUAGUCUGCAAGAAAGUGGGUUUCGUGGACGGUGUCGUCAUGAGAAAG